CCUAUACAAUAAUAAUGUCUAAACCAAGCUCACCUUAGUUCUCACAGUCAGUUACGUUUAGAACGUGAAUGGGUUAACUACUUGGUGUUUACAAUAUUUCCUCUUCAUUUCUGUGUCAAAGUGUAACAUCCUUUUUAAGAAAUAACCUAACACGAUAAAGAAUAACCAUGUCUAAUAAUCUGAAUUGGAGAUGGAUCUUAUUUUAUCUGCUUGUAGCAUAUGUGCAUUCAUCUAGUCAGAUAUCAACGCCAACUUCGAAGAGCUAUGUAGCUGCAGUGGUAGAAUUUGCACCAAGUAACGUAGCUAAUAACAGCAAACAAACUAUACAAUCCAAUGUAGCUAGGUAUGAAAAACUCAUACAGGAUGCUAGUGCACAGACUGCAGAUAUCAUUGUUUUUCCUGAAGAUGGUAUAACUACUUAUCAUCUUCCACAAAAGAGUGAAAUGGAUUCAGUAUCAACGGUGAUACCUUCAGCUAGAUUUACACCUUGUACUCAACAUUUGGAUGGCAUGACUGAGGAAUUGAAAAGAUUAUCAUGCGCAGCUAUGAAAAAUCAAAUUUACGUUGUCAUUAAUAUAGCUGAAAGAGUACCCUGUUAUGAUAAUGAAUGUCCAAAAGGUGAAUCAUUAUAUUAUAACAGCAACGUUGUUUUCGAUCGCAAUGGUACAAUAAUUGCAAAAUAUCGCAAACAAAAUCUUUUUGUGGAACCUCAAUUUAGUACACCUAAGCAUCCAGAAAUUGUGACUUUUGAUACUGAUUUUGGUGUUACUUUUGGAACAUUCAUUUGUUUCGAUAUUUUAUUCGCAGUACCUGCUUUAAAUUUAACAAGAGAUCUUGGAGUUACCGAUAUUGUUUAUACAACUGCAUGGUUUUCUGAAACUCCAUUCUUAACUGCUAUUCAAACGCAAUUUGGUUGGGCAUUCGCAGAAAAUGUAAAUUUCUUGGCAGCUGGUUACAAUAAUCCUUUAGAGGGUAAUACAGGCAGUGGCAUUUACUAUGGAAGUAAUCAUACAAGUAAGGUGAGGAUAUCACAUGAUCAAACUACCGAAUUAAUAAUUGAUAGAGUUCCUAAAAAAGUUCCUAAGAAUCUAAAAACAACGAAGAAUCAAGAAACUAAACAUUCAGAAACACACGUUCACGUUCACGAUGAAUUAAGGAGAAAACGUCAAACAACGAAUGUGAACAAUUUGAAAUUGUUACGUGAUAAUGUUACUUUAUACAAGACAGAAAUAUUGAACGGCAAUAUUUCCUUAAAAACCUUAUGUCACGAUGGUCAUUGUUGCAAUUUUACAGUUAAUGUAAACAAAAUUGAUACUAAAGUAAAAUAUCGAUUGGUCGUAUUUAAUGGAAUUCGUAAUUAUGCUAACGUACGUUUGGUUGGUACACGUGUUUGUUCAAUAAUACAAUGUUCUAAUGAUACUCUCGAAUCUUGUGGAUCUACUCUAGACUCUCAAACAAUUUUCCAAGAAAUCAACAUAUCAGGAAAAUUCGACCAAUCGAUAAAUUCAUUGAUCAUGCCUAAUACUUUGAGAACUGAUUUAUUACCGAUUAUGGAUUUUUCGUAUGAAGCACACUCACACGAUGAUCACAAACAUGUAUCAAUCACAAAUUCGAACAAAGCGAUAACAAAUCUUGUAACAUUUGGCGUUUAUUGUAGAGACUAUGACAGAGAUAUAAAAAGUGCUGCUGUUUCUAACAAUAUCGCAUAUUCGUUUUCAAUCUUAAUGGCAUUCUUAUUAUUACGUUUCUGGUAACAACUGUUUUCCAUUAACUGUCUUCCUAAAGUUUUCAUAUAAAUGUGCAUAUAUAUAUAUACAUAAAUAAUUUUUUCUAUUUUAUCUUUAAUUAAAUAUUGUACAUGUUUAUAUUUUAACCAGUUAACUGUAUAUUACAAAAUAUUUCAUCAAACACGAACAAUUACUUGCAAUGGGCUUGACAUUUUUCAUCAUGAAAUUAUGAUAGUACUUAAAAAGACUUCCCUCAUUGUGAAACGAAUUGAACAAAAGAUUAUUCAAAAGUUAACAGGUUAAAUAAUUGAUAUUAUUGUUAUAUAUA